AUGGCGGACCCUACAUCCAGGUCGCACGGCCGAGGGGCCCCAAAGAUGCCGGUUCCACCCAAUGCAGGUGGUAGAACGCCCGUCUCAUUCCAACCGAACGUCAACCGUGCGAAAACAAAGCGUUGGGUCGAAGCGAAGCAAUACUCCUACGAUGGCACGGACUGGGGUGACGAGGAAGACGAAUAUCAGGACGAGGAGCCUCCCCCAGUACCGCAGCCGUCCUACACACAACAGAGAACCGGCAGCGCAUCGGACUUGAGUUCCAAGCGUUUGUCGGGCCUCGCGCUCGGUGCAGAUGGAUCGCAAGGCAGCCCGGCGGCGGAGGAUCAAAAGGCCCUGCCUUUCAUCAGGCCUGCAGACAUCUAUAAACGUAUGCGUGAACAGCAGGGAACACCGCCUCCUGCAGCAGACUCGGGGUCUCAAAAUGAUAACUUGCAAAGCUCGGUGCAGCCGGAAACAGCUCCAGCACAGGCUAGCGAUAGUCAGAUAUCCCAGGGUUCAACUGUUUCCUCGCAGACACAAGCCGUUCCCUCCAUCGGACUUCCCGAACUCAAGAGAGUCUCCGGCUUUGGUACCGAUUUCAUGAACAGCGGUUUCCAGAAGACCAACCCCGAGCCUACGGAGCCAUCUCUGCAGCACCAACAGUCCCAGGGCUUCCGGUCCGUGGUUCAUCAGGCUUUCGAUGUACCAGAAACACCGAGCUCCACAACAGGCAGUGUGGGACGGUCCAAUAGCGAUGGUACGUCUGUGGUCAGCCCCAUCAUGGGCGCUCGCGGUAUCAAUGAUGAUAAAACACCCACCAUCCCCGAAGAGCCCGAGGUGGCUUCUCCCUCGGCCAUGGCUUCCCCCGAACCUGUGAACGAAGGCCCUGUUUUCAAACCGGGUCACCGCCGCGACCUGAGUCUUCCUAGCCGUGAUAAUAGCCCUGCCAGGAGGCCUGUGAUCACCGAACACGAUUCUCCCUCGGCAGGCCAAGUGGAGAUGUCUUCGCCUGAGAGCCCUUCGCAGGCAAGCACACCAAAGCAGUCACUUAUUGCGGAGACAUAUUUCAAGAGGGCAUCCAUGCAAGGACCCUCGAGUACGACUGAGAACGACUUCAUUGCGCCGCUUAACCUGGGCAAUAGCCGGCCGACAAGUACCGACACCCGUCAGGGCAGUAUUCCAAUCAUCGUGCCUGAAGGUGCAGACGACUCGCCACGGGAUGUCGACAAUGAUCGGCUGAGCAAAGAUAUAAUUCGCUCAUUAAGCAGGGAAAAUAGUCCUUUGGACGGCGGGGAGCAGGAGGCUCAGCAAUCACAGUCCCAGGCACCCGACGACUCCAUUCCACACCAGUAUGAAAAGUACUGGGAUGAUGGUCAAACUGGGCCCAAUGAUUCACAACCCAAUCCCUUGGUCUCAGAAACGCACCCGGAUUGGACUGGCCCGCAUCCUUUGGCACCUCAGGAUCCUUACUCCAGCAGCCAGGUUGGCGGUGGAGAUGCGCCAUCGGAACAGCCGAAGAAGCCUAAACUUGAAAGAAAGUUUUCCUGGGAAUCGUCAUCGUCGGGCAAUGAGGAUAAGCCUCAAAUUCCAGGGAGCUACUCCUCCCCGCCUCCUCUAGGUGCAUCGCUGGCCGUCCAAGAGCCCGAGCCUCUGUCUUAUGACGCAGCUCCUGGAGCAGAAGAACCAGAUGCAGCGCAAAUGGCUGCUGCGGGUAUAGAUGCCGAUAGCGAGCGCAGCGUCGAACGGCCCGUACUUUCGAUCGUUCCUCCAAAGCCGGAAAGUGGUUCACCGCCCGAGCAGCUCUUGAACACGGAGGUUUUACCAGAGCCCGUCGGUGAAAUGGGUGAAGCGACGGUACCUCCGGCCACCAAUAACUUGAUUAACGAAGCAAGUCUGCUGGGUUUCCGCGACAUCCUUGGAAUCAAGUCGGCCGAUGCACGGAUCCGGGCGUUUGACCAUACAAGAGACCAAUUUGCUGCCCUUGAUACCGGCCUGCAGCAUUGGGUUGAGUCCACCGUCCACGACCACCCGGAAUAUGCCGAUCUGCAAAGCCAGGGCCCGUCUUCUGGGGCUGACAGGACAUCGCCCACGCAAAGCCGUUUCCCAAAAUUGACCUCGUUUGGCAACCUUGCUUCCACGCUUAAUACCAACUCUCCAACCAGUGCCACCCAUAAUCGACGGCCUUCGGCUCAUCUCGGAACCGUCAGGAACAGGCCGAAUGUCGAACUCCGCGGCAAGGAACUCCUUCACACAGCAGGUGCAUUCAGUGGCAAGGCGGGCGAGGCUGCGAAGGGACUGUUCGCCAAAGGCAGGAAUAAGUUCCGUCCUAGCGACAAGGUUCAAACGCAAACGCCGACUGCGACACGCAGGAGCUUGCAAUUCCCCUUCUCUCCCGGAGCCAAUGGCUCCAAUGUUAACUUCUCCUUCCGAAGCUCCACCACUUUGGGCAAUCUCUUCAAGAGCUCUCGGAAUGAGGAGAGUGUAUCCAACACUACCAAUGAGUCCGUCAACUCGCCUAUUGGAACAAAUCCUGGUCUCCGCGCCAAGUCAAUGGAUCUCUCGCGAUUGCAAAGCAAUACCGAUAACGAUGGUUCCGCCCAAAAGCGAGCUCGCUUAUCUCUUGACCAAACUCAACGUGCAAGUAAAGCCACAAGCGGGUCGGACUACGUUGGUGCUCUGGAGAGGGAAAUGGUUGCUGCUCUUGGGCUAUCGCCAACGGAUCCAGACCCUACAUCAUGGGAAAGAAAUGUCCCAUGUUCACGAGGCGCACAGGCACAGACCGAAGAGGAUACGGCCAAGUCAACGGGAAAGAACCUGCCGGGGAUUGCUGGGCAACAACUCCAUCAAAAGAGACCAGAGGCUGCAUCGAUUCGUCCGGUGUCCGACGAGGUUGGCCCAACUCCUCCGCCAAAGGACGUACCUCCUCUCCCACCGAAAGACAAACCCAGCACUCCGCCAAAGGUCUAUCCCUUCAUGCCAAACUCAAGAUAUGCAGCGGCGAGUCCGUCGUCGGACUCUUCGGAGGCUGAGGACAAACCCUCGCUCCCAGCGAAGGACCAACCUCCUCCUCUAAAAGAUCAGCCUAUUCCUCCGCCCAAGGAUUAUAUGACGGUCCCGCAACCGAUGAAUAAUGCACGAAGCCAUCCGUCAAUAUCUUCAAUUGGCACUGAGGAGCAAAGCACGAAUCGACCGCCGGAGAGUUCCGAGCUCUACGACAGUCCUCCUUCGCCUCUACAAGAAACAGCCGAUCCGGCAUAUGGCAAACCUGCUCCCCAAGCCGGCGUCUCAAAAACUUCCUUGCCGUCUGCUGAGGAGGUGAUAUCAGACUUUAAACCUGUUUACCCGCCCGCACCACCACCGGCCGCUUCCGAGGUCUUGGAAUACAAACGACAGUCAAUCAGUGGCGCCCUGGAGACCGCUCCUGGAGUGCAAAGCCCGCUGCGGAACGAAGUCAGAUAUUCCCCCGGAACAAGGAGCAGUAUGUUGAGCUUUGGUAGGCAGAGCGGCACCAGCAAAGGGACUCGUCCUCCCACGCCUGCCAAAGACAUCUCGCAAGCUGCGGUGGUGGAUUCGCCGGGUCAAAAUGAGGAAUCUACCGUGGAUAAGUUGAAGAAGUUCGGGAAACGACGUCGAGCGUCCGUGGGAGAUAUGCUUUCUAGUCUGCAGGGAGGCCAGAAGCGGACGUUGGGCAGAAUUAGUGGUCUUUUCGGUCGGCAAAAUGAGUCUCAGCUGCAAGAAAACGGAACGACUGAGCCAGCAAACACCAACUCCCACCCGACAGAGUUCAAGGUUCUAUCAAGGCCACCCCAGGUGAACGGAAAUGCGCCGCAUACCUCAUCCGCUGCGACUUCUGAGCAACCUGUCCCCUCUGUGCACAAACCUCUGCCCUCAGAUCCCGCUGUGGAACAACCGCUACCAUCCUUGCCGGCCGACACAGAAUAUCUACGGCAGCCACGCCAACGCGCUAGUAUGCCACCUAUCUCGUCUUUGAACCCUCUUGCCUCGGGCAGAUUUUACUCGCAUGCUACUGGCAGCACACCAAACGAGACCUCUGAUGUACCUUGGCACACUCGCGCCGAGAGCCAACCCUUCCCAAGCCAACAAUAUGAGCGAGCAUCCACGCCUCCGUAUAUAUCUGAAGACAGCACUGUGCAGGCUCAGCAGCAACCAACAAGUCCUAACAGAAUCCCCUCCUCCGAUCCCUAUUCCACCGCAGGCCACCCGCACCGCGAUGACGAGCCGCGGAUUGUCAACGUCCCACCUCGAGAACCAGUAGAGCUAGCUCUCACGAAGGACGAUUCGAGCGACGAAAUCCUCAUGUCUCCGACGACAUACCCAGGCCAGGAAUGGAUGCCGACGCAUAUGUAG